AUGUUCGAAUAACAAUUUACAAGACAUAGUAGAAUCUCAGAAAACCUUAAAAAGAUCCAUGUUUAACAAAAAUAUACUUUUGACACACUAUAUGAUGAUAUUGGUGUUGGAUUUAUUAAUUAAUCAUUCAUCUUUAAGUUAUUUUAAAAGAGAUUGAAAAUUAAGAGCGCGCUGUUUUUGACAAUUGUAUUUUUAUUGUUUUUGGCAGCUUACUCUAUGGUAACUUCAUACAUCAGUCAUAUUAUGUUAAUUGGAUAUGCAAUUUUAUAAACAAAUUAUGAAAUUCAAAGGUAAAAGGAUUCCAAAAAGCAGCUACUAAUAUUUUGGCUCAUUUUUUCCACUGAUAUUUUAAUCGAGAAUUAUUUUGCAAAAGAUAAAUUUACCUUAAUUAGAUACACAAAAUUUAUAAUUGUACAUGCUUGUUUCAUGUAUAGAUUGUAUAUCCUAUCAUUUAUUUUAUAAUUUGUAUUUUAAUAUAUUAUAUAUUAGUAUAAUCUAUUGACUAUAGGAAAAAGUUUUACAGGUCCUCAGACUUCAAAAAAGUCCUAUUUUUAAUGA